CUUAUUCCCAUUUUUAAUGUUGUCGUGAAAAAAGUCUGUGUGUGCUGUGUUUUCUUACGAAAAAAUGUCAAAAGAACUGGAAAUAAUCGAAAAUUAAACAAACAAAUUCAAUGUUUCAUCAAUAUUAAAUGUGUUGCGCUAGAAACUGUUGGUUUAUAAUAGCAUUUCCAUUUGUGCAUUUUUAUGAAGUGGUCGUGUAAAAAAGAUGCUGCGUUGAAAAUCGAAACUAGCCAGUGUAUAAUUGUAAAUGUAAAAAAAUCAAUCAACACACCACUACUAUUACAAAACGAAACGACACAAAACACAAAUUCAAAAGAAAGUGAUUAGCGGUAAAAUAAACAAAUAAAGAAACAUGAGCGUUUUCAAUGACUUUCAACGCUUGUGGAUGGAACGUUUUCCACAAAGCUCCUUAUCUGAUGCUUGGGAACAGGAUGUUCGUGCCAGCCUUGAAAGACAUAAAGCGAAAAUUAUUGAAUUAACCAAAGAAUUGGAACAAGAAACCUUAUACGUGGAAUAUUUGGAACGUUUACUAUCCGAUGUGGAAAAGUAUCGAGAAUCUGGCGGUGAUCCCACAAGUUUGUUCGAGGCCGCCACUAAUGCUGAAAAUAGCGGAUCGAAGUCUUCCAAUCCAGGCCACCACUUAGAACAGUCAAGUGGUGGUGAAAGGGAAGACAGCAGUGGAGAUCGAUGCUCGAAAUCUAGCUUAAAUUUAAGAGAUUCUAAAAAUGCCAACAAAGAACAGAGUAAUAGGCUAUCUUUGAAUACCGAUAAUAAGUACACAUCUGGAUCUGGUGGUAAAAACGACAAAGCUAAUCUGCCAUCAACAUCCAGCGAGGAACGGGAAAAAGAAGACAAGGAUGCUGGCACUGAAAAGGACAAUGGCAAAAAUGGAGCUCUACAUCAGUGUAUUAGUGAAUUGGCCGCAUCGAUAGCAUCAAAUGAAGAUAGUUCUGCGACAGAAAUGAGCAGUUCAGCGCCCAAAAAAUUAUCCUCAUCUUCGGAUCGGUCAACGUCAUCUUCCAAGAACACAUCACAUUUUGUUACCGUAAUUGAGGUAAAGGAAAGUAAAAUAAACAUGGAUCAGAACAAUCCAAGUUUAUCAAUGGAUCAGGGAUCUGAUAUUGUUCCUGAUCAGAUGACAUCAACGUUUAGUAGUUUUGAGAGGAAGCCCUCGGCGCCGCCACUUUCCCCUUCGAUGUCGUCAUCUUCAAAUGCCGCUGCAUUAUCAGAGGCCAAUAAGAAAAAAAUGCCACCACGUCCUCCGCCAAAAAUAAUAAGACGUGUUGAACCGCCAACAAUUCCGGGACCCGUACUUUCCUCUUCUCCUAAACGUGAUGCUACAUUUGCUGGUAGUUUUGUACCUUUGCCCUCUAAUUCUGGAAAUUUAUCAUCUUCGGAGAGUCCAGCAAAUUCCUUAGAACGUAAUGUCAAACCAUCUGAUAUAUUGAGAUCAAAAUCUUCCGAACCCAGCGAAAGUAAAGGAUUUUCUCAAAAUCGCAAAACAACGCCAGAACUUAACAAGUUCAUAAAUAAUUCCGAAUUUCUAGAAGAAUUGGGUCAUAAAAUUAAUAAAACCGAAAGUUUGGAAAAAACUAAACGGCCCGAGCUAGGUUACACACAUAGCCCCACCGGUAGCUUGGGUCGAACUGCCAGUGGAAGUGCACCAAAUGCACAAACAAGUGGUCCUCCUGCUAUAAGCCGACAGAGCAAACCAAAUAGUUAUACCGCGACAGGCACAUCUCCUACGAGCAGUCUUAAUAAAAAUGUCAAGCUUACAACGGCAGAUAACGCCUCAACUGGCAGCUUGGACAAAAAAUCAAGAUCAACGCUGCAACCUGUUGAUGCUGAAUCAGCAUCAAUGGCGGCGCAAGGCCGCAAUGUUGGAUCUAAGGAAUCACUGUCCUCACAGGGCAUAUCAGAAAUAAUUAAGAGCUACGAAUCAGUGUCAUCACUAAGUUCGGAAAGCGUUAGAGCUAAUCAGACGGGAGAUAGUGAACAAGAACAUUUAUAUGAUACUGUACCCCUGGAUAACGGGGACGAUGAAUACGUUUAUAUAAAACCAGGACGAACAGGCUCUUCUUCUAGUCGUGAUGAUUUAUCAACGCCUGGUAGCGUUGUUCCAAUGAGUUCACAUGCGCAUUUGAGCAGUCAAGCAAGUGUGACAGAUCCGGAAUCUCCAGGUCGAUCGUCUAAUUAUGUCAACAUUGAUUAUUUUAUACAUCAAAACAAUGAAACCCGUUCUAGUUCAAUGGAUAGUGAUGGAGAAUAUGAAAAUGGUAUGCCAAUAAUGCGUACUAUUUCACACGAUGAUCACAAUGCUCCUGCUCCAGGUGUUUCUAGAAAGAAUCUUGUUUCAGCAAUACUUGUUUCGGGCAAUCAGCGUGGCAAUAAAAUACGGACUAUACUAAACAUUAUUAUACAGAGCGAAACCAUAUAUGUUGCCUGUUUAAAUACAAUGAUACAAUACAAAAAGGCCAUUCAUGCAACGUUAGGUACAUCACAGCCCGUGAUCAAAGAAGAGGAAGAGAACACGAUUUUCUUUAUGAUCGAAAAAUUAUACGAUUCCCAUUCGAUAUUUUUGAGCGAUUUGAAAACACUUGUAGCUCACGAGGGUGGCGAUGUGCUUAUUGGCGAAACGUUUAAACGUCUAGCCGAAAUGGUUGAUUUAUAUAGUGCGUUUUUGCACAAUUAUAAUCAAGCCAUUGAAACGGUGAAGAAAUGCAGUGCCAAUAAUCCGCAGUUCAAGAAGAUUGUUUCGACGAUUGUCUUGAAUCUGCAGACAGAGCAGUCGCUUACUCUGGAAGAUCUGUUGCACAAGCCAGUGGCACGUGUGCAAAUAAAUGCCUUGGUAUUUAAUGAUCUUCUUGAGUGUACCCCUCCCAAUCAUCCCGAUCAUCAUCCUCUUAAGCAUGCACACGACACAAUACACAAGUUCCUCAAGCAAUUCAAUGUGGUUAAUCAAAAGCUACCAACCGAAUCGAAUAAGAAUCUCCGCCGCAUGGUGAAGAAUUCAUUUAUUGUUGAACUUGUGGAUGGACAUCGUAAGCUGCGACAUCUCUUCCUGUUCAAUGACGUAAUAGCAUGUGCCAAAUACAAGGCCUCCGGCCGUGAUCGCAUAGACUACGAGCUUAAAUGGUUUAUUCCGCUGAAAGAUGUGGCCGUCUUUGAAGAAACGGAUGCCGGUGCAGACCUUAAGGAAUCUAGUCCACCAAAUAUAUUGCAGCUAAAGACCCAAGCAUGUACGGUGCGAGAUCAGUUGCUUAUGGAGGAGAAAGCAGAUGACAAAUCGCGAAAGGCCAACGGACUUCGUUAUGGAGAUAAAUAUCGCAGAAAAUUGGCUGAUUUGGAAUCACAAUUAGUAUUGGCAUCGCCGAAUUUAGUUUUUCGUAUAGCCAAUAAGGCUACAAAUAAAACCGUUACAUUUUUCUUAAGCUCCGACUUCGAGAGGACCCAGUGGAUUGAAUCUAUACUUGGCUUACAGCAAACUUGUAAUAUACCUGGUGCCAGCAGUAUAAACGCGCUUGAAGUUCAUGCCUUUAUUGUGGCAAUGCAGAAGAGCAUGAAAACCGAAAUGGGGUCUUAUCUGAUGCGCAAUACAAACGAUGAAAGUCUGCUUGUGGGUGAUCUGCACAUGACUGUGCAAAGCUUAACGGGUCUGGAACAACCCGUCGAUUCAUAUAUAAUUAUAGAAGUCGAUUCGUAUGGUCAUUACUUCCGUAAGGCGGGCACAAAAAUGAUUUGUCGUACCACAAAUCCUGUCUGGAAUGAGAGCUUUGUUGUUGAGCUGGAGGGCAGUCAAAAUGUCCGCAUUUUACUCUACACCGUAUCGGAUAGGCCCACUCUAAAAUCAAAACAUGUGCUCAAGUUAAGCCGCAGCUGGUUGAAGGAAACGCCACAAGCCCGUGUCAUAAAAUUAGGCGACAACUUAGUCCUGAACACUCUCUUACAUUUCGUACCUGGUGAAGUGACUUUAAGGCGGGUGCCUACCUCGAAACCGGGAGCUCUAUUUGGCGCAAAAAUGCAACAAGUUCUGAAACGUGAAAAGCGAGACAUUCCAUUUAUAAUAAGUGCCUGUAUACGAGAAGUUGAGAAACGGGGGAUGUCUGAGGUUGGCAUUUAUAGGGUUAGCGGAUCCGCAUCUGAUUUAGCCAAAUUGAAGAAAUCGUUCGAAACUAAUGCAUAUGAAGCCGAACAGUUAUUAAAAGAUGUUGACAUUCAUUCGGUAACUGGUAUUCUUAAGUCGUAUUUACGCGAAUUGCCCGAGGCUUUGUUCACGGAUGUUUUGUAUCCCAAAUUCUUUGAAACCUUCAGCAAAUUUACCAAUAACAACGAAGCAGAACGCAUCAGUGAACUGUUGGUUGUAUUUGAGGAGUUGCCCCCGGCCAAUAAGGCCUCCAUAAAUCAUAUAUUAGAUCAUUUAAUAAGAGUUCACAAUCGGGAAGCCGAUAAUAAAAUGUCUUUACACAAUUUGGCUAUGGUGUUUGGUCCCACUCUUCUACGACCGGGCGCAACACAAACAAAACAAAAAGAUCUUUUGGCUGCCAGUACGGUAGAUGUAAUGGCUCAAGCUGGCAUUCUGUACUGUUUCCUGCAAGCUCGCAUGCAAUACGACAGAGACUCUAUAGUUCCAUAAUGGAAAGGAAACGGACGAUUUAUUGAUUAUUUACCGGCCAUCUAUAAAAUAAAGCAUUAAAUGCUGUAUACCACAUGCUGCACCCGUGGCAUGUUUGAUUAAGCGUAUUCCAUAGCUCAAGUAACACUUAACAGGUCAUACAAAUAUUAUAUAUAGAUGAGAGCACGAUAUUUUUAUAUAUACAUAUAUAUUAUGCAUUUUAUGUAAAUACAGUACAUAAAUCCAAGUGGUUGGAUCAGUUUUGUCAAACAUUAUUGCUUGAGCUGGCUGAUUCAUUGAAAAACCACACACACACCCACAUUGUCUACACUUACAAUAUCGGAUACAGAUCAACAAAAAAGUAGAAUUGGAUGGAUGAAGUUUCCUAAAACUUUUGAAAUUGCAAACACAAACAUCGGCGAUCCGGGAAUAUAGGGAAGAAGAGAAGAAAACAAGAGAAUAUGCAUUGAAAAUCCAAAAUUUAUUAUUAAUUAUUACUAUACAUUUAUUCUAUAGUGUAUCGUUAUUACAGAGAACACAUUGCUGCUGUGUAUAUUUAUAUGAUUUAUGCCGCACGGCACCAUAAAUCUUCAGCACAUAGCAUAGCGUUCCCGUAUGUAUUUUAUUUUAUUUCGUCUUACAAAACUAUAACAGCUUCAAAGGUCUUAAAUCUUACCGCAAAUGUUAAAAAAAUUAUGUACUAUUCUUUAGUCGACCGUAAACUUAUUUAAAAAUAAAGAAUAAUGUAUUCACAAUUGAUACAUAAAAAAAUAAAAGAAAAAGCAAUAUUUAAAUUCUAAA